GAUAUGACUUCGGGGGCUAAUAAUAAUUUCCAAAAAAAUUGAAUAAGAAAGGCGGCCUUGUCGCACUAGGAAAUCAAGAACGUGCAAUGGAGGAGAAGAGCAAAGGCAGCGAGAGAUGGAUGGCAGCGAUAGCGAAUUUGUCGGAGAUGUCGUCAAAUCUUGACUCCCUCCAGAACUUGAUUGUCAAGAAAGCUGUUUAUGUCGACGAAGCCACCUACUCGAAAGCCCAUCUCGCCUCCGAGCAAGCCCGAACUAUCAAGGUACCGAGUUCUUGAGCAGAGAGUAGAGACUUUAGAACGUGAACUCGAUUCUGCAAUAUCAACUGCUGCACAUGCACGGACAGAGAAACGGCAAGCUGAGAUGUCUCAGAAGGCUGCAGAAUUACGGGCACAAGAAAUCACAAAAGAGCUUGAGAACACCACAAAGGUUUUCAAGCUGCACAUGGAAGAGUUACGCGCAAAGCAAGAGGAGAUAGCAAAACGUGAUAAUGAAAUCAAACUCCUUGAGGCUAUAAUUCAGACGCUCGGGGGGGAAAGUUGAUGGUCUACCCAAGAUUAGAUUAAUGUCACUACAUUUUUUUUUACUCCAGGUGUCUGAAGGAGGGGGACUGGGGGCUGGAGUAAUCAGGACUGAAAUUCAUUUUAUUGAGUUUCAAACUCUUGUGUGUCUAGCGGGUUUCGAACUCGGGACCUUCCACUAGGCACGGUAACCUCACAACCAGUUGGGCUGGAAUGCUUGGUUGACUAAUGUCACAACUCAUCUUUUCACGAUGUUUAUCAUUUUCAAAGAUUCAUAAUAAUCCUAUUUUCCCCUCUUCUUUUUCUGGGGGUGAUAGUUUUUGUUCAUUGGUCAAUCGUCGUGUUCUUCUUUGUGAGCUAUGACAACUUUUGUACAUAAUAUUUCCGAAAAUGUUGUGUGGAUCUAUAAUCCAUUAUUAUCACGUGGAUCUAUUAUGUUUUUCUGAAGUUGUGCCUGAAUAGGUUAAUAAAUCUACUUAUCUAUGAAAAAU